UCCGCCGCUUCCCAGGCAAACGUUGCCAUAAAUAUAGAAACAAAUUUGAUUGCAGAAUAUGCGGAUCCGUACGGAAACUCUGAGUCAUGCGUACGAACAUUUAAGAGAAAAUGGAGAUGCUCAACUGAAGCCCAGAUAAUGUGAAAAAUUGGUAAUUUGCUGACGCUCCCUUCCAGCGCUCCGGCACCGCUCCCCUUUUCGUCGCUGGACGCGCCUGCGCCGCUGCCUCCGCCGCACUGAUCGCUGAAGACCCCCGGUCCCCCGUCCACAGUCCCCAGUCCCCGAGUACCCUCCCCUCUCAACCGGGGAGCCGGGGCACCGGACCGGACACUCGCCGCUUGACGUUUGCCAACGCGGCGGAGCGCAUCGCUGAGAUGGACAAGAAGCGUCCUGGAAUGCCCUCUGGCACGAGAAUGCCGCAUCAGGGUGCUCCCAUGGGCCCACCUGGUCCCCCUUAUGGGGGGGUUCCCUUGAUACGGCCUGGCCUCCCCACCCCGCCAAUGGAAGCCAAUCGCAAACGGCCCCCCGUGGUCCCACAGGUCCAACCACAGGCUGUUCAGAACCGCACCAGAAAUGCCAAGAGAAGGAAAAUGGCAGACAAGAUCCUGCCUCAGAGGAUUCGUGAGCUGGUCCCAGAAUCCCAGGCCUACAUGGAUCUUCUGGCUUUUGAACGCAAAUUGGACCAAACCAUUAUGAGAAAGCGAGUGGACAUUCAGGAAGCUUUAAAGAGACCGAUGAAGCAAAAGCGCAAGCUGAGGCUGUACAUCUCCAACACCUACAACCCGGCCAAGCCGGAUGCCGAGGACUCGGAUGGUGGCAUUGCCUCGUGGGAGCUGCGGGUCGAGGGCAAACUUCUGGAUGAUCCCACCAAGCAGAAGCGGAAGUUCUCCUCCUUCUUCAAAAGCCUGGUAAUUGAACUUGACAAAGACCUUUAUGGUCCUGACAACCACCUGGUGGAGUGGCACCGCACCCCAACCACACAGGAGACGGACGGCUUCCAAGUCAAACGGCCAGGCGAUGUGAGCGUGCGUUGUACUCUGCUGUUGAUGCUUGACUACCAGCCCCCGCAGUUCAAGCUGGACCCGCGUCUGGCUCGCCUGCUGGGAAUCCACACCCAAACCCGCUCAGUUAUCAUCCAGGCCCUCUGGCAGUAUGUCAAGACCAACAGGCUCCAGGACAUGCACGACAAGGAGUACAUCAACUGUGACAAAUACUUCCAGCAGAUCUUCGACUGCCUGCGUCUCAAGUUCUCGGAGAUACCCCAACGUCUUACAAACCUGCUUCUGCCCCCUGACCCCAUUGUCAUAAACCACGUCAUCAGUGCGGACCCCAAUGACCAAAAGAAGACUGCCUGCUAUGACAUUGAUGUUGAGGUGGAAGAUCCCUUGAAGAGCCAGAUGAGCAGUUUCCUGCUCUCUACGGCCAACCAGCAGGAGAUUGCGUCCUUGGACAACAAGAUCCAUGAUACUAUUGAAUCCAUAAACCAGCUGAAGAUCCAGAGGGACUUCAUGCUUAGCUUCUCUAAGGACCCAAGAAGUUAUAUUCAAGACUGGCUGAAAUCCCAGAGCCGGGACUUGAAGGCAAUGACUGACAUAAUGGGGAGCCCAGAGGAAGAGAGGAGAGCUGAAUUCUACUACCAGCCCUGGUCACAAGAGGCCGUUAGCCGUUACUUCUACUGCAAGAUCCAACAGCGAAGGCAGGAGCUGGAGCAGACCUUGGCUGGCCGCAACACCUAAACCUGUUACUCAUGUCCCCGUCCCACACACUGUUUCCGCUAGACACCAGUGCAGCCUCCACCUCUGUUCAUCUCAUGGUCUCCAUUUUCUUCCUUUGCCUUGACCCCUGCUAGGCACAAUACAGCCGCACGUUUGGCCUGUUUUGGCCCUUUUUUUGUCCUAGAUGAAGUCAGAAGAUGACAUAACCGUUGUUAGAUAUUCCUGCUGUUUUUCUUAUACACCAGAUCCCCACCACAGGCCAGCACCAUCCUCUUCCUCCUUCUACACAUCUAGCCAGCAUUUUGUAACCUUUUUUACAAUCUCUUGAUGUCCGGCUAAUGCACAUCUGAUGUCUUUUUUUUAAUAACCACCAGCUGUCUCUACAGCCUGGACAUAAACUCUCUCUGGAUCUGAUCCAUUUGAGAGUGCUGAGAUUCAUGCACCCCCCCCCACCCCCCAAUGAAUGCUACGUGGUUCCUAGCUUGGAUUGUGGAGGCGAGUGACUUUAGUGACCUCCAGCCAGAGGGCUGCCACCUUCUCAGUAUUUUGCCACACUGUCAGUACUGAGCCAAUCGAACCUGGACUCUCAAUGCAAUUAUUGUUUUAGCCAUCAUCCAAAAAUAAAACACCACUCACUGAACUGUAUUUAUUGACAAUCUUGUAAUAGCUAUAGAAAGCUGGUGCUCAGUGGAGCCACCAUGCUGUCUGUCCAGGGCUCAAAUUCAGGAUGAUGAGAAGACCUCUUCCCCAGGAACAGCAUUAAAUAUCGUAUACAAUCACAUGCAGGAUGUCAAGAAGGUUUUGUCGAGCUUUUUGCUAGCUGUAUGUACUUCAUUCAUCACCUUCAGUGUUGACUGUGAGACUGUGAGCUCUUUUAAGAGUAGGUGCUUCUUCAGUGAAGAACUGCCAUUUUAUUGAAGAAAGUUUCCACACAACCGCCUGCAGACACACUCAGCUCCUUAUGCAGCUUGCCUCCAUUUCUUAGCAGAUGAAACCCUGGAAAUGGCUCACGACCCGGAAAUGAUCCUGUUUCAAGCUACGUUUUGCCAAAGACAUUUCGGCAGCUCAUCGAUUUGGUUGCACCACGUGUUCAUGAUUGUUUGUUGAUAGUUUGAUUACAUGUAUGUUCAUCAGGUUAUUAGUCUGAUUGAAUUGUUAGAUGCCCAGUCAUUUGUCAUUUUAUGUUUUUUUGGUCAUUCCUUUAGUGUGUCAUUUAUGUCUGGUAGGUCAUUUGUUUAGUGUUUGUUUAGACAUUUGUUUGGUGUCAUUGUGUAUUUGUAUGGUAAUUUAUUUCAUUACUGUCAGAGAAGAUGACAUCUAGGUACCCAAAGUAGAUAUGGACACUGUGUGUGUGACAUUUAUUUGUGUAUUUAUGUAUUUCUAAACUAUUUAACAGACUAUUGUUGUUUAUAUCACCUGUUCUACAAAAGGAUGAAAAAAUGUUCAAAAUGUUUUUUACCACUCAGUUGUCAUAUUGUUAUUUUUUUUUAUUACCGUCGCUAGUAUGUUUAUUACAUAUGAAUGUAUGACGUAAUGUGUUAUUCAAACACCUAGAAGGGUAGCAAAUAAUAUGUUUUGCAUAUGAACCUGCGAUUCUGUACUGAGUGGUCCAUCCAGUCUGCUAAUUGGUUGGAUGAGUUGGUAAUGCAAACUGCAACCUUUUUGUUUUACCCUACAAGUAGGGUUGAGAGCAAACACCAGCUAAAUAAGACUCACCAGCGAAUGUGGUCUAACCACAGAUAUUUGAAGUAUUUCCAUGGCUACUUUUGUGAAACAGGGAGUUGCUACAUGUGUUUGCAUGAGGUUCUGGUUCGGCACUAGACUUUGCAGUCCAAAUAUGUCAUGAUAUUGAUUGACUUUCUGCCAGCAUUGCAGUUCAACAUGCCAUCUAAAGUUUAUUCCCUCUGGUCCAAAAUGUCUGGCAGAUCCUUGGACAAAUUAGGCUUUGUGUUGAGCAUGGCUGUACUAGUAUCAGUCAGAGAGAAUACCAGACUGUAAAAAUGCAGACCCAGCAAGAAAGAUUGGAAAGUGCAUCUGCAAGUUAGUGCUCCAUUACCAGGGUCCUGCAUUCAGCAAUUUUUUAAUAUCAUUGUUUUUUCCAGUGCUUUAUAAACGUAUAACCAAUGGAUCUCUCUGCAACCUUCUGUCGGAUGAACGGACGGAUGGAUGGAUGGGUUAUAGAUCUGAGUAAGGUGUGAAGUUGUUGGAUGCCCAAAAAGGGUUUUUGUCAAUCUGAAUACAGAUCUUCAAGUAGAUGUUCCUCAUGCACUGUAGCCAGUUCAUCGCUUGUGAUCCAUCUUGAGAUGGGGCACAUCACUUUUGUAGACCUGUCUGAUCCUGACUGUAACAUUCAGCUAUCCUUGUGCAGUCUGCGUGUGGUGUCACAUGAAUAUUAAAACAUUCCAGUUCA